UUGAGUACUUUGUGUUUGUUAUUGUUUUAGGAGGUUUUAGAUAAAGAAAUAUAAGUAAAUAUGAUGAAUAAAAGCGACAUUAUUAUAUUGAAGAAAUAAAAUAAAUCGUGUUAACAAUUAAAUACUUAAGUAUGCUCUGCGUAGUGUUUACGUUGUAAUUGAAAUAAUGUCCGUACGUUUAUAGAAAAAAGUGCGAGGUGAAAUCAGUGAACCAUGGAGGAAUUUAUCGAUAUGAUCCGACAACUGCCUUGUUUGUGGGAUACAGGCUGUAAAGACUAUCGCGACAUGAGAAAAAAAGAUACGGCGUGGAAGCGAGUUGUCGCUGAAUUAAAAUGCAAAGACAUACCAGAUAUAAAAACAGCAAAAGCAGAAUGGAAAAAGUUACGGGACAGUCACCGAGACUCCUUAAAGAGAGCCCGGGCUUUAGCAAACGGACAAGAUGCAGUAAUUAGCAACAAGUGGAAAUAUGCUGACAUAAUGGAAUUCCUGCUCCCAUACAUGAAAACGAGGAAAAGAAGAAGAUGCAUAACAGCUUCAAGUGAUGAAGACAAAGACUCUUGUUCGUCACCUGUGAACACUUUUUCGGAAAUACAACCGUCUACUUCAAACACAUUGAAUUUAACCCCAGAAUCUCACAUCGAUAAAAUGGAGACCUCUCUACCAAAUGAACAUGUAUUCAAGAAAAGAAAAAUUGAUAAUGAAAUUGGAGAAAUUAUGAUAGAUAUGGAUAGAAAUAAUUGUCAGUAUGGGGAACGGAAUAAACAUCCUUUGGACUCCUUCUUUGAAAGUAUGUGUGAGACCACAAAACAGUUCCCGACAUGGCUUCAGUACACAGUCAAGAGAAAAAUAUUUAAUGUCAUUUCAGAAGCUGAAGAUACCUUUGAAACUUACAAAUCUCGAGAAUCAAUUUUUUAAUUUACUUUUUCCUACAAUAGUAAUGUCUAUAGAAAUAUACCUUAAAUGAGAAAA